UCUUUCUCUUCCAUCCUCUUCAAAAUUUUGCUAAUAAAUACCCAUGAACAUCUCAGCACUCUUCAUCUGGAAAAGCUUCAAUACUUUCUCUCUUUCUUCUCAUCGGCACUAAUUUCGCUGAUUUAAGUUCCUGUGUAUUAAAAAUGGCAAAGAAUGUGGCUCUUGAGAGAGCUAGCUUGGCUUCACUGGACCAAAAGCUGGCCAUGGCAAAGAAGUAUUCUCAUGAGGGCGUUAUUGCUGGAGCCAAGGCAGCAGUUGUUGCUAGCAUUGCCGCUGCCAUUCCAACACUGGCUAGUGUGAGGAUGCUGCCUUGGGCCAGAGCCAAUCUGAAUCCCACUGCUCAAGCCCUCAUAAUCUCCACAGCAGCUGGAGCUGCGUAUUUCAUUGUUGCCGAUAAGACUGUUUUGGCCACGGCAAGAAAGAACUCUUUCAAGCAUAUCUCUAGCAUUGAGGCAUGAAUUUGAAUUGCUAAGACAGAUUCAAAAUUUGGCUUCCACUUGAAAAUCAGGGUCUUUAGAAAGACAUUAAUUUCGAAUGUAAUCCAUCAUCUCAUAAAUAAAUAAAGAUUGGUUUUUCGU